AUGGAGGAAAAUAAAAAGACAAUAGCUCGAGCGAUAGACGUUUACAACAUCAAGUGGCCAACAGACGAAUCAUGGUUUGUCUUGUAUGAUGAUGAUCAAGCAACAUUUUAUUAUGAUCAUAUGCUCAACUCAAUGAUGGACCAGCUUUUUAUAAAAGGUCGCAUGGUUCAAAUCCGGUAUAUUCUAUUAAUUGAUAAUUUUAGACGAGUCUGUGCUAUUUACAUGCGUGAGCAAGAAGUAGGCGCAGCCGGGUCCAGUUUGAUGCACGAGCAGGUACCACAAUAUACGCAUUCAUUUUGCGCUCUCUACGCUUGA